GCUCGAGUUGCUUCCAUAGUGACGUCAGAAUGUAACUAUUAAGAGGCUGUGGUGGUGUCGGAAUAGGGGCUCAGGGCAUGUUGAAUAACUCAACAAGCGAGAAUCGAUCGGUCAUUUCUGGUGCCGGCUGCACAUUUGAAAUGGAUACUCCAGAGUUACCUGUCGAGAAUUCUUGUGUGCAUAUGGAGCAGGUAAUAACUUACAUCCUGAGCUUCCUGCAAGGGCCAGACAGAAAGGAUGCCUCACUGGUCUGCAAGAUCUGGUACUUAGCUUCCCAGGACUACCAGUUUAAGAAGAAGGUCACCUACAGGUUCCCCGCCUCCUCCGUCUCCCUGGAUGGCAUCAGAGGCCUGGGCCGGCACCCCUGCUACAGUGUGGCCAUCAGCCACCUGGACAGCUCUCCCUUCUCCAGAGCCAUUCUCCAGCAGGUGGCCCUCCAUCUGGGACCCCGGCUAGAGUGCCUGUCCCUGCGGGGCAGCAGCAUCACUGAGUCCUCCUUCCUGGCCGUGGCGCCUCACCUCCCCGCCCUCCGCAGGCUGGACCUGAGCUGCUGCGACAGCCUCUUCAUGUCGGGCACCUUGCUGUCGAAGGAGGAGAGCAGGCAGGCGGUCAGGGCUGCCCUGAGGAACCUGGAAGAGCUGGACCUCUCCAGCCUGCACUUCCUCUCUGACCUCACCUUCAAUCGGCUGACAGGGUGCUCGCCAGACCUGCGGAGGCUGUCCCUGGCUGGCUGCCACAUCGCCUUCCAGUUCGACCCCUACAGAGGCUCCAGUGUGGGCUGCGACUCCACUGCCAUGCUCUCCUUGAAGAACCUCCACAGGUUCCUAUCGGAGCGGGCGCCGAGCUUGAAGGGGCUCAAUCUGGGUCGGACUGGCGUGACGCCUGAGGGUCUCAGAUCCCUGGUUCAGGUGAGGGGCCUCUGCUUAGAGGAGCUUACCCUCCAGGGGUGCAAGGACCUCACAGACCAGGCCAUGACUGCCCUCUGGAAGUGGCAGCCCGGCUUGAAAACCCUGGAUCUCAGCUUCUGCACGGAGCUGUCCGACAAGACCUUGCUGGCCAUUUCUUCCAAUCUCAAGGAGCUCCAGUGUCUGAAUCUGGCGAAGAACAGGAGAAUUACAGACAGUGGCCUCUCGGACCUCAUGGAGCUGAAAUGCCUGCAGUCCCUGGACUUCUCUGAGUGCAGCUACAUCAGUGGGGGCCAGCUGGUCAAAGGACUGUAUUCCCCUCAAGCUCAGGCCAGGCUGGUGUCUCUCAGCUUCAGCAGCUGCACACUCAUCACGGACCUCACCAUGUUCUCAUUGGCCCAGCUGGUGGGCCCUAGUCUGCGGGUGCUGGACCUCACUUCCUGUCUGUACCUAACGGACCUGAGCGUGCGCGCUAUCACCACCUAUCUGCCAGGCCUGGUGGUGCUGAGGCUGGGCUGGUGCAAGGAGGUCAGUGACUGGGGGCUGCUGGGACUGGAGGAGCCCACCCAGGAGUGUAAGCCUGAUAAGGAGAAGGACGACAAGGGACCCAAAUUCAGCCGUAAUUUCGGAAACAUGGGCUUCUUCUCCCCUCCCAAGAGGUACUUGGAGGAGAAGCCUCGGCGGGUGACCAAGCAGGACCUGGUGGAGUUCGGGGAGAGGGAGGGGGCCUCUCUGCUUGCACUCCGGGACCUCCAGGAGCUCGACCUGACUGCCUGCACCAAGCUGACAGACGCCAGCAUCACCCAGGUGCUCCGAUUCCAGGACCUGCGGACCCUGUCUCUGUCCAUGCUGAGUGAGAUCACCGACAGCAGCCUGGUCUCGGUGGCCUCUCACUGCCGUGGCCUGACCCGCCUGAACCUCAGCCACUGCCCCACGCUGACUGACCACGGGCUCUCCAUCGCCGCACGCAGCCUCCAUCGACUGCAACACCUCCACCUGUCCUGCUGCGACAAGAUCACUGACCGGUCCCUGACCGUGCUGGCAGAGGAGUGCAAGGCGCUCAAGAGCCUGGACGUGUCCAUGUGUAAAAAGGUUUCCAUGGCAGCAGUCGAGCUCCUCCAAUCACAGCUCCCCAGCCUGGAGAACACCCACACUCUCUUUGUAGGCGGGGCUGACCUUUUCUUCACCCUCUGAGGAGGACAACGAUCACUGGGAAGAGAGGAGCCCAGGGUCCACACAGGCUGCAGGGGAACCUGGACGUACCCCACCUACUGGAACUGAACAGCUGCGUGCUGUAUCGGGGUAAUCCAGAGUAACUCCAGCCUCCAUAAUCUAUCUGGAAUUGCCAGUCUUUUACAUUGGAUACAGGAUACUGUGUACAAGAAGAAUGUGUUUUGUCGCAGGUAGCCAUGCUCCCCCAACUCUGUUUACGUACAGGCUUAAUUUACAGUAACAAUUCAACAUGCUCCACAUCAGCUCUGCAUCACAGCACAGAGCUUCUCUCUCUCUCUCUCUCUAUAUAUAUAUAUAUAUAUUGGUCUUUACAAGUGCAGCACUGAUAUAAAAAAUGGAUUUUCUACUGCCGCAAUACACUUGCAGGAAGCGUCCAGCUUCCCCUCGAGGUGCUGAGAGGACAUUAUUCAAAUCGCAUCUCCUUUUGUUCAGUAUAUCAAACAUUUUUCAUUUGAAAUUGCCCAUGCAAACCUGGUCUCAAGACAAAGGAGGUUAAAUGCUUAAAUAGCUGCCUUUACAAAGCAUUAUCAUUCCAGGAGUAAGAAGCAAGAAUUAAAAAAAAAAAAAAACACAACAUCUCUUUCAAGAAUUGGGGUUUACUUCAUUGUUCAGAUUCCGUCUGCGGUGGGACCAGAGUAAGGGUGGAUGUGUAAAAAGUCGGAUGAAUGAAUCCUGUUUUAAAUCCCACUAUAC